AUGCCGCAUGCGAUACUGACGCUGGUGCGCCAUGGCGAGACGACGGGCAACAUGAACCGCUUACUGCAGGGCGUGACCGAUUCGCCACUGACCGUGUUUGGUCAGGCGCAGGUGGAUGCGCUCGCGCGCACUUGGGCGACGACAUGCAGCAAAGAUGGUGAAAGCAAAGAUUCGAUAUCACGCCUGGAUCUUCCUCCACCUACGCUGGUGGUGUGCAGUCCAAUCGGUCGAGCACGCAAGACGGCCGAGGCGAUUCACGCUGCGUGCUCGCGUGCACUCCGACCCUCGGAGCACAUCGUCGAAGAUAGGCUCGACCAGCCAGGCACGAGUCGGCUGGAGGUGAUGCAAGAGCAGCUGUCGCGCGAUUGGCUCGCUCUCAUCGUCGAUCCUGGACUGGCGGAGAAGGACUUUGGCUGGAAAGAGUCGACGCGCGGAGGCACACAUGUUGCUGGCUAUCCAAAGGGCCAAGGCAACGGCGAGUCGCGCAUCGACUUUGCGCAGCGUGUGCGGCGGGUCGGCGCCGAGUGGCUCGAGGCCGCAUGCAGCCUGGCAUCCACUCACUCAACGGCGACACCAUCGGAAGCUCCGAUCGCGCACAUCGUGCUCGUCUCGCACGGCAUGUGGAUCUCGAGCUUUCUGUCGGCGCAUCCGCCCACCACCAUCUCGCACACCUCGGCCCAGCCGGGCUUCCUGCCGUUUGCAGCCAAUACGGGCAUGUUCAGUCUCAAGGUGCAGCCGCCGCCCCAUCCAGCCGCAGCGCUGCGACCAAUCACGGAUCUCUUCCGUGCCAACGACGUGCGUCACCUGGCCAACGUCAAGCGUCAAAAGGGCGGCAUCGGAAGGGGCGCGUUCGACAGCAAGCAGACCAAGCUCAGCUCGUUCUUUGCACGCACUCGCUCGCAGAACCUCGACGCCGAAUCUUCCCUAGAACCCUCGCCCACCAAGAAGCGCAAGACCUAG